UUAUCCGUCUACAAGGAGACCUGUAUAGAUCACAUGAUGGCACCAAUGAGGAUGGAGGAGGACCGGAGUCACAUGACUGAGAAGAUACUAAACCUCACCCUGGAGAUCAUCUACCUGCUGACCGGAGAGAGAUUUCCUCUUCUGAAGUCAGGUGAUGAUCAUAUGACCAUCACAGUGCCUCCAUGUGACUCCCUAAACCCUGAGAGACACAACAUGCAGAAGAUUCUAGAAGUCACCAAGAAGAUGAUGGAGCUGCUGACAGGAGAGAGUGGAAUCCUCGGGGAUGAGAUAAUAAAGUUGAUGGUUAAAGAAGAGAUAUAAAGGGAGGAUGAGGAGUAUGGGGUGAUGGAGGAGUUUUCAGAAGGAACACAAAGAUAUGAUGGAGCCACCAUGGUAAUACAGGAACCCACCAGAGAGAUGUCCCCGUCCUCUGUAUUCCCGGGAUUCCACACAGGAAGGUCACACCAUCCCUCACUAUUACAAGAGUGGAGAUCCAAUCGAUAUAGAAUUUGAGGUGAAAGCAGAAGAAGAAGAGCGUAUGUGAGGGAUGAUCAGCAGUCUAUGGAGGAGGAUGGAAUAACGGGGACAUUUAUAGAGGAGGACACUCCUACAGAGAUCAGCACAGUCCAUGGCCGGGAGAUGAGGAAAACCUCCGAGGAUUGUCUCACUUUGUCUCCAGACUGGAAAGUAGAAGAUGAGGACAUCACACAGUAUAGUCCAGGAGAAAACCCGGCUCCCUCCAAUGUCCAUCCGGCACCACCCAGUGUAGAUGGACCAUCGGAUUCCUCGUAUCCUGAGGAACCUCAGACUGUGCGGGACCGGCCGGCCUUCCAACAGGGAAGAGCUUCUCCUGUACUGAGUGUGGGAAGAGGUUCUGUUCUACAUACCAUCUUAAUGUGCAUAAAAGAUCUCACACGGGGGAGAAGCCGUAUUCCUGUCCUGACUGCGGGAAAUGUUUUUCACAGAAGUCCAUUCUUUACACACAUCAGAGAUCUCACACAGGAGAGAAGCCGUAUUCCUGUCUUGAGUGCGGGAAAAAAUUUUUUCACAGAAGUCCCAUCUUUACAUACAUCAAAGAUCUCACACGGGGGAGAAGCCAUAUUCUUGUCCUGAGUGUGGGAAAAGUUUUUCAGAUAAAUCCAGUCUUUACAGACAUCAGAGAUCUCACACAGGAGAGAGAAGCCGUAUUCCUGUCUUGAGUGCGG